GCCAUCACGGGCGCAGCCCGCGGCAUGGAUCUUGCAACAGCUCAACUACUAGCAGCUCGGGGGGGCUCUCUCUCCUCGGCUGAUCUGAAUGAGACAGUGCUGAAAAUGGCCGUUAAAUUGUUGCAAGGUAGUCACGAGAGGUACCUAGCCGUGCCAGUAGAUGUUCGAAAAAGCGCUUCUGUGAAUGCGUGGAUCGAGAAGACGGUGCAGCAUUUUGGCAAGCUCAACGCAGCAGUGAAUAUGGCAGGUGUCCUG